GUUAAAACCUCAGCCACUAGGGUUUCAGAUUGUGGACAUCAAAGAUCACUCUCUCUGAGCUGAAGGCUGACAACGUUUUACACUUUAUAGGAUUGGUGAAGACUAAAAGCUGUAAUCUUUACUCUCUACCCUGUGAGAAAUGGCGGCGAUUCAUCAGAUUCUUUCUCCUUCAAUCUCUUCUUCAGCCUCUGCCUUCGUAGGCCAGAACAAGCUCAACUUAAGGCCUCAACAAGUAUCUGUAGUGCAGAAAGCUAGCCGGGUUGUGAAAUGUGUUGCAGCGCCGGAGCAAACUGCUUACACGACAAAUGUGUCUCGCAAUGAGAACUUGGCAAAACUUCAAGCUGGUUAUCUCUUUCCUGAAAUUGCUAGAAGGAGAGCUGCACACAUGCUGAAGCACCCUGAUGCCAAAAUUAUAAGCCUUGGAAUUGGUGACACUACUGAGCCCAUUCCUGAAGUAAUAACAUCUGCCAUGUCAAAGAGAGCACAAGCAUUGUCAACUCUUGAGGGCUACAGUGGUUAUGGAGCUGAACAAGGAGAAAAGCAAUUGAGAGCUGCAAUAGCUUCAACCUUUUACUCAAAGCUUGGGAUAGAGGAGGAUGAUAUUUUUGUGUCAGAUGGUGCAAAAAGUGACAUAUCACGGCUUCAGGUUCUUUUUGGUUCUAAUGUGACAAUGGCUGUGCAAGACCCAUCAUACCCGGCCUAUGUGGACUCUAGUGUUAUCUUGGGCCAAACUGGGCAGUAUCAGAAGGAUGUUGAGAAGUAUGGGAAUAUUGCAUACAUGAAAUGUACACCAGAAAAUGGGUUCUUUCCUGAUCUAUCUUUGGUUCCUCGGACAGAUAUCAUAUUUUUCUGUUCACCUAAUAACCCAACUGGUUCAACUGCAUCAAGGGAGCAGCUAACUAAAUUGGUACAAUUCGCUAAGAGCAAUGGGUCGAUCAUAGUCUAUGAUUCUGCAUAUGCAAUGUAUAUAUCAGAUGACAGUCCAAAAUCAAUCUUUGAGAUCCCUGGAGCCAAAGAGGUUGCAAUUGAGGUUUCCUCAUUCUCCAAGUAUGCCGGUUUUACUGGUGUUCGUUUAGGUUGGACUGUUGUUCCAAAAACUCUCUUGUUUUCUGAUGGAUUCCCCGUGGCCAAGGAUUUCAAUCGCAUUGUUUGUACAUGCUUCAAUGGUGCAUCCAAUAUUGCCCAGUCUGGCGGACUGGCAUGCCUUUCACCUGAAGGUUUUGAGGCGAUGUUGGAGACAGUUAGCUAUUACAAAGAAAACACCAAGAUCAUAACGGAGACGUUCAAUUCGUUAGGUUUUAAGGUGUACGGAGGGAAAAACGCCCCAUAUGUGUGGGUACAUUUCCCCGGUCGAAGCUCAUGGGAGGUGUUCAGCGAGAUUCUUGAGAAGACACACGUCGUGACCACACCUGGCAGCGGUUUUGGACCUGCGGGAGAAGGUUUUGUUAGAGUUAGUGCCUUUGGACACCGAGAGAAUGUGUUGGAAGCCUGCCGGAGAUUCAAACAAUUGUACAAGUGAAAAUAAACCAUUGCCGCCCUCAAUGUUCUUGCAGAUGGAGUUCAAGAACCUCAGUCUUUGUUUUUUUUCUUAUGUAGACAUGUAGUUUUAUUUGGUGAAUUUUUGAACAUCAUAUGAUCUUUGAUAUUUACUAGUUUACCCAAAGUUUUAUGGUAACACAACUCUAAAUUAGCCAGAGUGUAAUAUAGAUAUCAAAUAAUGGAGUGCCAUGGUACCCAAAAAGAAGCAUUUUUACCCUCA